AUGGCCCCUGCUCUUAUUUUGAAAUCACUCAUAAUAUUUUUGUCCCAGCUUCUUGUUUCAGCUGAAGAUGAAACGUGUCCAGCCUCUUUGGAUUGUGGAGAUCUUGGCCAGAUUAAGUUUCCUUUCACAACCACACUGCGACCACACUGUGGCCUAUUGCCCAUACGUGGUUGUGAACAAAAAGAUCCCUACGCUCCCAAAACCAUUCAACUCAACAAUCCAACACCAAGAACCUACAAUGUUCUACAGGUUGAACCUCGUACCAUAAUGAUCAUAGACGAUGAUCAAUAUCAUUAUUUGCAAACCAACAAUUGCAAACUCUUCACCAACAAUUUUACUCUUCCUCACGCCUCUCUUUUAGCUUCUUUCUACAUCAAAUAUAAUAUCACUGUCUUCAGAUGCAAUCACUCCCUCAAGGCCACCCUUCCCAACCAUUUUUAUAAAUAUUCAAAUUGUUUUGACUAUGAUAUCUACUAUGGCCCUCCAAAUACUGAAAUUCCUUUGGGCUUCAAGUGGCCAAGCUCAUUAGCACCAUGUUCAACCAUUCAGCUUGCAGUACAAGCAAAAUCUACUAACAAUCCAUUUCAAUUUCUAUCUGCUAGUAUCGCUAUUGAAGUGCGAUUAUCUGAGGCUUGUGAAAGUUGUCUUCAUCAUGGAGAAGGCCAAUGUUUACUUGACGGUAAAGGAACAUUUUAUUGCGCCAAAGGUAUUGGACUCCCUGCCACAAUUAUAAUUGGGCUACUGAUCAUAUGGCACCGCAAACCAAGAUGUGUGUCUGCUCUCUACUCAGAUUCAUAUCUAGAAAGCGAGAGUAUCUACUUUGGGGUCCCUGUGUUCACCUAUAAGGAUCUUGAAAAAGCAACAAAACGUUUUGAUCGUUCCAGAGAACUUGGAGAAGGAGGAUUUGGGAUUGUUUACUAUGGAAAACUUAUCGAUGGACGUGAAGUUGCUGUGAAGCGCCUAUAUGAGCACAACUACAGGCGAUUAGAACAAUUCAUGAAUGAAAUCAAGAUCCUCACACACUUACGCCACAAAAAUUUAGUGUCUCUUUAUGGCUGCACUUCACGUCACAGCCGUGAACUAUUGCUCGUGUUUGAAUACAUUUCAAAUGGGACGGUGGCCAGUCACCUCCAUCAUCAUGGAUCAACAAAUCGUAGCUUUUUACCAUGGCCUAUCCGAAUCAAAGUUGCCAUAGAGACUGCUACUGCAUUGGCCUAUCUCCAUGCUUCUGACAUCAUUCACCGUGAUGUCAAAACAAACAACAUUCUCCUUGACAACACUUUUUGUGUUAAAGUUGCUGAUUUUGGACUAUCAAGAUUGUUCCCAAAUGAUGUGACACAUGUUUCCACAGCUCCACAAGGAACCCCGGGCUAUGUUGAUCCAGAAUAUCACCGAUGCUACCAACUCACAAACAAGAGUGAUGUGUAUAGUUUUGGGGUUGUGCUUAUUGAGCUCAUAUCAUCCAUGCCAGCAAUUGAUCUGAACCGGCAUAAGGAUGAAAUAAACUUGGCAGAUCUAGCCAUAAGGAAGAUUCAAAAAAGUGCAAUGGCUCAGUUGGUGGAUACAUCCCUUGGUUUUGAGUCAAAUAGUGAUGUUAAAAGGCAAAUAACAUCAGUGGCAGAAUUGGCUUUUCAGUGCUUGCAACGAGAUAAAGAAUUGAGACCCUCCAUGGAUGAAGUUUUGGAGUUGUUGAAGGCAAUUGAAAGUCACAAGGAUGAAAGUGCACAUGUGGAGGAAGUAAAAGUUGAGGGUGAAGGUCCAUCUUUAGCUGAUGGUGAUGAAGUGAAAUUGUUGAGAAAUAUGAAGAUGAGGCCUUCACCAAAAGCCGUGACAGAUAAAUGGGACAGUCAAUCCACUAGUUCUAAUGUCAAUGCCCAAUCGUCAAGCCAAAUCUAG